AUGUCUUCUCAUUCGUUCAGUAACCUCUUCCACUCUUCCACAACCACCACUACUCCAAACUCCUCAACAACUACCCUUCUUGAUUCCAUUGUUGCAACCCCAAAACAUCAACUCACUGCUUGUAUUUGCACCCAUUGUAACCAUCUCCUCACUUUCAAUCCUGCAGGAACAAGGUGGAGUCCAACGCCAAUUCAGUUAUUGGUGCUUGAGGAGUUGUAUAGGCAAGGAACCAAGACUCCGUCGGCCGAGCAAAUCCAGCAGAUAGCUUCUCAGCUGCGACGCUUCGGCAAGAUCGAAGGCAAGAAUGUCUUCUACUGGUUUCAGAAUCACAAGGCCAGGGAGCGCCAGAAGCGUCGCCGCCGCGAGAUGGAGGAAACUACUGCUGCUGCUUCUGCCAAAGGGUUGAAAGAGACAGGUUGUGAAGUUAAAGAGACAAAGAAGUGGGCAUCCACUUCAAACUGCAAUGGUGGUGGUGGACAUGCAGUUCAGGAAUCUAUGAGUGCAGUUGAUAUAUCAGAAAAGGAGUCAAAUGGUUGGAAUGAAUUUGAAGAGAGAGUUUUGAGGAGAAACAGAUCUGAGAGACAGGCUAAGUACUUUAACAUUCCCUCCAUUAACAUUGCAGCAACUGCUUCCGUAGCUUCACAGAUAACUCAUAACAUUCAACUUCUAAGUACUCAUCAUCAUCCUCAACAUCACAACUACAAUAAUAAACAAGACAAUAAUUCGUCUCAUCCUCGAACCCUUGAGCUUUUCCCAAUUCACAAGAACCAUGAUGAUGAUGAUGACAUCAUUUCUUUCUCGGACAGGAAGUCCAACAAGCUAUGUGCCAAUGCGUCCAUGGAAGAAGCCCUUAGCUGUGACCAGUUUUUUGAGUUUCUUCCAUUAAGGAACUGA